UACUAAAUGAAUGCGACAUUUUGUUUUUGUGAAUCUCAUUGCUUCUUCAAUCCAAUUUUUAUCUAAAACGAAGCAGCGGCCGUAUAUGCUUAAACAGUAACCGGAGAAGCAAUUGAUUAAGUGCAGAAGAAGAUAAAUCAAUGGAAUGCUACUCAAUUUCCAAGUGGGUAUUGCCUUUCAUCUUCUUCGCAGUGACACUGGCUGUUCAGUUGAUUCAUUGCACCGUCACCUACGAUAGGAAGGCCAUUGUCAUCAAUGGACAAAGGAGGAUUCUGAUUUCUGGUUCUAUACAUUACCCUCGAAGCACACCUGAUAUGUGGGAAGAUUUGAUAAUGAAGGCUAAACAAGGAGGUCUCGAUGUUAUUGAUACCUAUGUUUUCUGGAAUGUGCAUGAGCCUUCUCCCGGAAAUUACAAUUUUGAAGGGAGAUACGACUUGGUUAGAUUCCUCAAAAUCGUUCAGAGUGCAGGGCUUUAUGCCCAUCUUCGUAUUGGGCCAUAUGUUUGUGCAGAAUGGAACUUUGGAGGGUUUCCAGUUUGGCUAAAAUAUGUACCGGGCAUAAGCUUCAGGACAGACAAUGAGCCUUUCAAGAAUGCUAUGCAAGGUUUCACUGAGAAAAUUGUCAAUUUGAUGAAGAGUGAAAAUAUGUUUGAAUCUCAGGGUGGCCCUAUCAUACUUUCCCAGAUUGAGAAUGAAUAUGGAGCUCAAAGUAAGCUGUAUGGAGCUGCAGGCCAUGGAUAUAUGACAUGGGCAGCAAAUAUGGCUGUAAAUUUGGGAACAGGAGUUCCAUGGGUGAUGUGUAAAGAAGAAGAUGCCCCAGAUCCUGUGAUUAAUACAUGCAAUGGGUUUUACUGUGAUUACUUCUCCCCAAAUAGGCCUUAUAAACCCACAAUGUGGACUGAAGCUUGGACUGGCUGGUUUACCCAAUUUGGUGGUCCUAUUCACAAGAGGCCUGUUCAGGAUCUGGCAUUUGCAGUUGCUAAAUUCAUACAAAAAGGAGGGUCAUUCAUUAAUUACUACAUGUACCAUGGCGGAACCAAUUUUGGACGAACCGCAGGCGGACCUUUUGUAGCCACCAGCUAUGAUUAUGACGCCCCACUUGAUGAAUAUGGUUUGACUAGGCAACCGAAAUAUGGUCAUCUGAAUGAGCUUCACAAGUCUAUCAAGCUGUGCGAGAGAGCUCUCGUUUCAGCUGAUCCAAUUGUCACGUCUCUAGGAGACUUACAACAGUCUCAUGUCUACUCAUCUGAAUCAGGAGAUUGUGCUGCGUUUCUUUCGAAUUACAAUACCCAUUCUCCCGUCAGAGUGAUGUUUAAUAAUAUGCAUUAUAAUUUGCCUCCUUGGUCCAUCAGCAUCUUGCCUGAUUGUAGGAAUGUAGUCUUUAAUACUGCUAAGGUCGGAGUUCAAACAUCGGAGAUGGAAAUGCAGCCUAGUGGUUCUGAAUUGUACUCGUGGGAAACUUUUAACGAAGAUCUUUCUUCUCUGGACCAAAGUUCAAGUUUCAGUUCUUUUGGUCUCUUGGAGCAGAUAAAUGUUACUAAGGAUACUAGUGACUAUCUUUGGUACAAGACUAGUGUUGAUAUCGGUUCAUCUGAAUCCUUCCUCCGCGGUGAAGGCAAACUCCCUACUCUUAUAGUACAGUCAACAGGACAUGCUCUUCAUGUAUUCAUAAAUGGACAGCUUUCAGGAUCUGCGUUUGGGACAAGAGAAAAUAGGAGAUUCGCCUUUACGGGAAAGGUGAACUUGCGUGCCGGAACCAACACAAUUGGGUUGCUCAGCAUAGCGGUGGGCUUGCCGAAUGUUGGUGGACAUUUUGAGUCUUGGAAUACCGGAGUGUUGGGACCUGUUGUCCUACAUGGACUUAGCCAAGGGAAGUUGGAUUUGUCAUGGGCUAAAUGGAACUACGAGGUUGGGCUAAAAGGAGAAGCCAAGAAUCUGAUAUCUACAGAUAGUAUUUCUCCUGUUGAGUGGGUUCAAGGUUCUUUGAUCGCACAAAGGCAGCAGCCAUUGACAUGGCAUAAGCAGGCUUAUUUCGAAGCACCUGAGGGCGAGGAGCCUCUAGCUUUGGACAUGGAGAGUAUGGGAAAGGGUCAAGUAUGGAUAAACGGGCAGAGUAUUGGAAGAUAUUGGACAGCUUAUGCUAAUGGAAACUGCAAUGGUUGCAAUUAUGCAGGACCUUACCGGCCAACCAAAUGCCACUCUGGCUGUAACCAACCGACUCAAAGAUGGUAUCAUGUUCCGAGGGCGUGGUUAAAUGCAAGGAGUAAUCUUUUGGUUGUUUUUGAAGAACUUGGAGGAGAUCCAACAAAGAUAUCUUUAGUAAAGAGAUCCGUUAGAAGUGUUUGUGCUGAUGUUGCUGAAUAUCAUCCAAUGAUUAAGAACUGGCAUAUUGAAAGCUAUGGACAUUCUGAAGAAAUUAGGAAGCCUAAAGUUCAUUUAAAGUGUAGCCCAGGUCAAACCAUUUCGUCUAUAAGUUUUGCUAGCUAUGGAACUCCAUUUGGAACAUGUGGGAGUUUCCAGCAAGGAACAUGUCAUGCCCCAAACUCACAUUCAAUCUUAGAGAAGAAAUGUGUGGGUGAACAGAGAUGUGCAGUUUCGAUUUCAAACACCAACUUUGGUGAAGAUCCAUGUCCUAAUAUGCUGAAGCGUCUGACCGUGGAGGCUACUUGCUCACCUGCUUGAAUCACUAGAGAAUGAUGAUGAUGAUGAUUAUACACUCAAAGUUUGAGAAACAAACAAUAGGGUAGAUGGACAUACAGACAGACAGACAGCGAAAGAAAGAUUGUUGAUAGAAGCAAUGGAUUGAAGAUUAGAGAUCUAAACUGGGUUAGAACUUAGAAGUGAUUGGUUAUAUACAGGUUUAGUGUAGAUUCUUGAAUUUUAUGUGUCAUGGAGAUCUGAUUUCUGCGUGUA